UUUCUCAUGACAUUUUUUAGGUUAGAAAAGACAAUCAGCUGGUGGUCUAAAAAAUUGUUGUUUUUUUUUUGAAUUACCAAAUUAAUGUUUAAAAAGUUUGUUAUUGUUUAAUAUUAUAAAUAAAAAUAUGGAAAGUGAUAAUCCAAAUAUUAAAUGGGCACUAGAUUUACUUACAUAUGAUCCUUUAUAUGAACCACACUUUGUAGCAAAAUAUUGGUUGCAAAUACCGUCUGUAUUUUCUGGUCCUGCGAUAGCAAGUUACAUAAAUUACACCCGAGGAUUAAAACUUUAUGCACGACCUUAUUUGCAUGUCGCAUUUACUGCCGGAUUACUUCUUGGAUCACAUUUAAUAGACACUACUAUUAAAAACCAAGAUGCUAGAAGAGAUGCAUUUUUACGUGAUUAUAUAAUUCGCCAUCCGGAAGAUUUUCCUCCGCCAGAACGUAAAAAAUAUGGAGAAAUAUUCGAUACUUGGAUACCAAUACGAUAAAUGAGGUAAAAUUAAUUAAAUAGCUUUAUUAUCUAAUUUUUUGCAAUAGAUGCAAAAAAAAAAUAAGUAAAACAUCUUGUAAUUGAAUAAAUAAAUUAAAUUAUCAAUAUUAA